UGUGGAACAAUUAACUUUGUUAUCAAACUUUUCCUCAAUUAUUUGAAACUUCAGUACAGUCCUACUGCUUUCAACAGUAUAUUCCAAGUCUUCCGUAUUGCUUCCUAACAAGAAGUCUACAUCAAAUGAUUGUGAAGUUUUAAAAAGAAUAUAAGACAGUACAAUGGAAAUGUUACCAAGUAAAGAUAAUGAAAAAGGGUAUCAAGAAAAUGACGACAGUACCGAAUGUGCAGAAGAAUGUGAAAGUGUAGGGAAAAAAGCUACAAGAAAAUAUAGAGGAAAAUCUAUUAAGAAUUAUAUCUCUAUAAUCCAAUGGCUUCCCAGGUACACGAAAUUUGAGGCAAUCUCAGAUUUGGUUGCUGGUAUCACCCUGGGAUUGACUAUGAUUCCCCAGAGUAUUGCUUAUGCUGCACUGGCAGGUCUUAGUGCUCAGUAUGGUCUCUAUUCUUGUCUUUUUGGUGGGUUUAUCUAUGUCGUCUUUGGCACCGUCAAGGAAGUCUCCAUUGGAGCGACAUCCUUAAUGGCUUUACUUACUAUUCAAUACACUAGCGAUAUGCCAGUAGACUUUGUUCUACUAUUAACAUUCUUAGCAGGAUGCAUUGAGCUUGCAAUGGGUUUGCUUAAUUUGGGUUUCCUGGUUGACUUUAUUUCUAUGCCGGUUACUUCUGGCUUCACUUCUGCUACCUCAAUUAUCAUAAUAGCUUCGCAAAUGCAAGGAUUACUUGGUCUGAAGUACAAGUUCCAUAGUGUACCUGAAAAUUUGUACAAGCUUUUUAAAAAUUUUGGAAGUAUCCGUAUCGGCGAUACGAUACUCGGUAUCUCCUGUAUAAUAUUCCUCAUGCUCGCCAGGAAAGUCAAAGAUCUGACCUGGCUAAUUUCCAAAGGUAACAAGAAUGGGUCUGACAAUAAUAUCCUGAAGAAGGCGUUAUGGUUCUUUUCCAUAAGCAGAAAUGCUGUGAUUGUUCUAGUGACUGCUGUAAUAUCAUAUUACAUUGAAAAUGAUAAUGGCCACGUUCCAUUCAUACUUUCAGGAAAAGUCAUGCCUGGAUUACCUAAAAUUACAUUACCGCCAUUUAGUAGUCAGAGUAAAGACAGAACGUACAACUUCAUCGAGAUGGUCUCUCAUCUGGGUACAGGAAUAAUAGUCUUACCAUUGAUAGCAGUCCUUGCGAACAUAGCAAUUGCCAAAGCUUUUGCUAGCGGAAAGAGAGUCAAUGCUUCGCAGGAAAUGUUUACCUUGGGUCUAUGCAAUAUUGUUGGAAGUUUCGCAGGUGCGAUGCCGACCUGCGGCGCCUUCACCAGGAGCGCCGUGAGCAACGCUAGCGGCGUCGCGACGCCCUUCGCCGGAAUAUACUCUAGCAUUCUUAUUGUCUUGGCUCUAAGUUUUCUUACACCUUAUUUUUAUUACAUCCCACGUGCUACUCUUUCUGCUGUCCUUAUUGGAGCUGUUGUCUUCAUGAUUGAUUGGAGAAUCGUUAGCCGUCUUUGGAAAGGAAGCAAAAAGGAUGUUGCUGCCGCACUGGGAACCUUCGUCGUCUGUCUGGUAUUUGACGUGGAAACUGGACUGCUUCUAGGAAUUCUGAUUAACUGUCUGCAUCUGCUAUAUUUGUCUGCAAGGCCAAGCAUCCAAGUAACCCAAUGCAAGAGUGAAUUGGGAUAUAAAUAUCUGUUAAUCAAACCGGACAUUGGUCUGUUUUAUCCAGCAGUGGAUUUUCUCUGUACGCAAGUAAUGAUAGCAGCCAAAACAGAAGGCAGAGACAAACUGCCAAUAGUUAUAGACUGUGACAGAUUCAAAGGCAUCGACUAUACAGCAGCUAAGGGAUUUGAGAGACUGUUAAAAGAUUUUAGUGGCAAAAAUCAAGAGCUGCUGUUUUUAAGAAUUUCGCCUAAGAUUUUCAAGAGAAUUCAAUCUUUUGGCGUUGACAUUACAAAGUUUAAACACGCUGACAACGAAUCAAGCAUGGCUAAUAUUCUUUAUGGAGAUGAAUUAGAAAUGAGCAGAAGCGCCACUCUUCCCGUAUUUAAAUGCGUUGACGAAUAGAUGGAAUUAUUACAAUAUCAGUAACGAAAAUCAGCAAGCAAAAGAAUCAUUGCUUGUUGAAUACAAAGCUGUAAUUAAGGAACUUGAAACAGCCGAAUAUUCUUAUCUAUGGAAACGAUCUUCUAUGUUAACGCGAUAAGAAAACUCAUUCACUUAUCAGGUGCAUAAAAUUCAGGCACGCAUUGUAAAUAUUUACUUAAUUAAAUACUUGUAUCGUUCUUAUAAAUCUUAA